GAAAACACAUCACAGCUUGUUACGUCAAAGGAGCAAAAUCUGUGACUCCCCCAGUCACAUCUGGGAAGGGACAGACACCAAGAGCUCAGUAGCCGGCUCCCUUCACUCUUCCUUCUGGUCUUACCCUCUCUUCAGUAACCCAGUACCCCCCCACUGCAGUGCCUUAUCCCAGUGUCUCCGAUUCCAGGUGAGUCCCCGGGGGCAGGGACGGGCUCCUCCAGCGUCAGCUCUGGCUCCGUUAUGAGCAACACCGCGGAGGUGAAAAGGGAUCUGCUAACUGAUGUGGCAGGGAGCUGCACACUUAAGGUCAACAACCAGUUGGACAAGGAGCUAAAACCACUGCCUGUGGAGCAGAUUCUCAGGCGUGCACAGAGGAUGGUUGGCAAGAAGAUGCCGUAUGAUAUUGCCACUAACAAUUGUGAGCACUUUGUCACCAAACUGAGAUAUGGUGUGCCCAGAUCCCUGCAGGUUGAAAAUGUUGUGAUUGGAGCAGAGCUGGUGUCAGCCUUAGGUGCGGCUGCUAUUGGAGCAGCCGCCCUUGCUAAUUCUAUAAUGAGGAACUGAUCCCCACACCAGUGACAGCCUGAAGAAGCCACAGGAUCCUGCCCUCGAAGUCACUGAGCAGUGGAGCGCGCCAACCUCCCUUGUCUCCCCUGACCCCGGCUCCCGGGCAGCCCCCAGUUCUGUCCCUCGCUCUCCCUCUCACUGACUGAAGGAUGGAAUAAUUGUACCAAGGCCUAGAAUGAAUAAAUGUAUCUGCCUUUCCCUUCA